AGAGAUCGUGGCUGACAUGGCGGAGGACCCGCAGGGCGGCUGUGCGGGUGUCCCGCAGCACCCAGUCCCCAGUGCGAACCACAGCAGCUUUCCAGAGUACGAGCUUCCCGAGUUGCACACGCGCGUGUUCCACGUGGGCGCCUUUGGGGAGCUGUGGCGUGGUAGACUAGGGGCCCAGGAUUUGUCGCUGAGCGAACCGCAGGCAGCCGCGCAGCCGACGGACGGAGGAGCAUCCAAUGACGGCUUUGAAGAUUCUGCGGUAGCCGCGGAUCUGGGCUGCAGUUUGGAGGCGGCGGCAGAGCUGAGGGUCGUGUGCGGCCUUGAUAAACUGAGAUGCCUCGGUGAAGAUGAAGACCCAGAAGUCAUCCCAGAGAACACUGACCUCGUGACUUUAAGUGUGAGGAAGGGUCUCUUGGACUAUCGGGAAGAAAACAUCACGAUAGACCGUGCCUGUAGACAAGAGACAUUUGCUUAUGAAAUGGAAUCUCAUGCAUUAGGAAAAAAACCUGAAAAUCCAGCAGACAUGAUUGAAAAAGGAGAGUUAAUCCUAUCUGUGAACAUCUUAUAUCCUGUUAUAUUUAAUAAGCACAAAGAACACAAACCAUACCAGACAAUGUUGGUAUUGGGCAGUCAGAAGCUCACGGAACUGAGAGAUUCAAUUUGCUGUGUCAGUGACCUCCAGAUUGGUGGAGAAUUCAGCAACGCUCCAGACCAAGCCCCUGAGCACAUCAGCAAAGACAUAUACAAGUCUGCUUUUUUUUAUUUUGAAGGAAUAUUUUACAAUGACAAAAGAUACCCAGAAUGCAGAGACUUGAGCAGAACUAUUAUAGAGUGGUCAGAGUCCCAUGAUCGAGGCUAUGGAAAAUUUCAGACCGCCAGAAUGGAAGAUUUCACAUUUAAUGACUUGCAUAUUAAACUUGGCUUUCCUUACUUAUACUGUCACCAGGGAGACUGUGAGCAUGUUGUUGUCAUCACAGACAUAAGGCUUGUGCAUCAUGACGACUGCUUGGAUAGAACACUUUACCCCCUUCUUACCAAGAAGCAUUGGCUAUGGACCAGAAAAUGUUUUGUCUGUAAGAUGUAUACAGCCAGAUGGGUGACGAACAAUGACACCUUUGCACCAGAGGAUCCGUGUUUCUUUUGUGACGUUUGCUUCAGAAUGCUCCACUAUGAUUCCGAAGGCAACAAACUAGGGGAAUUCCUUGCUUAUCCUUAUGUUGACCCAGGAACCUUUAAUUAGUUAUAUAUAUAUUUAUAUUAGUACUAUAUAUAUGUAUUAUUCUUUUUCCUACUAUAGUUUAGUUAAUAUUACAUUAUUUAUUACAAGGGGUUGUUAUGGCUUGUUUGUGUUACUGAGAUGUAGAAAUGCUUUUUUUGUAUUUUGAAUAUAUAAACCUUGUCAGAAAUACAACUUCUGAUUCUUUUCUGAGUCCUAUGCAUUCUGUACCCUGAGUGGAUUUUGCUAAUGAUAGACUGCAGUUAAUAAUGCACCUCAUAUGAGUCUUUUUAAAGAAGUCUUUGAAGGAUGUGAGAGCUACACCUUUACUAUGAAGCUUCCAAGGUAAAGACCCUUCAAAUAUCUGUAGUAAGGAGAAAUUAAAAACAAAUUAUUUGAUAAACAACAUCACGAGUAGUUACAAUUUAACAUUGGGCUCAUCUUUAAAGCAGAAAUUAGGCACAUGAGAUGACAAUGAAUCUAAGUCACACAGUAUUAGUGAGGCCUCGUUUCUUGACAGUCACAGAGAUCGAUACACUGAGUUUAGAAUAUUAUUUAAAGCCAUGGCUGGAGAAAACACUGGAAGACUUUACAUUAGCAUGGACAUACCAUAAAGCUUGGCUCACUUUCAUAAUAAUACUUUUGGUCAUAUAAGAAUUGCUAAGAAGAAAUGUCCUGGCUCAGUGGUCCAUUCUUCAAUCCCCUCAUUAUAGCAAAGGCUUUUCAUUCUGAGUUACAGAAAAGAAACCUCUCUAAACAAAUCUAUCAAAAGAUUUUGUGGAAACUUUUGGGGUAGAAAAUUAACAUGUAUUUUAGUAAUAUAAAAUAGAUUCUGAACUAUUACUUUCUCUGUCCUAGGUUUAAACUAAAUUCAGCCGAAUCCUACAUUUCUCUGGAUGGCUAACAAUUAUCAUAUAAAUAAACCAAUGAAGCAUAAACAUCUAUUUAAAAGACUUUGAAGUUUAAAAGAAGGUGAAGCAUGUUUCAUGGACAUAAGUGUUACAAAUCCAAUUUUGGCGACUGACAUGGAGCUGACAAGUGCCGGCUUGUGGGUCUCAAGCUACAAUUUUGCUAUUUGCAUAUUCUCUGACCAAAGGAAUAAAAGUCGUUCAUUGACGCCCUUGCUCUGCGUACAGGAUGGCAGACUUGUCUUCACCUGGCAUCUUUACUCAG